GGUGUUAGGAGGAGCCCAAGCAUCAUUAUUUAAGCUGAGCUGCAGGUGGGGAGCAAGUGGCUGGAAGCUGCAGCUCAGUGACGAUGGCAGAGUUCAAUGUCGGGAGCGUUCUGGUGACUGGAUCCAAUCGAGGAAUCGGCCUGGGACUCGUGAAGCGAUUUCUAGAGCUACCAAAUCCACCAGAAUGGAUCUUUGCCACCACCAGGGAACCGGAUGGAUCCCAAAGCAAGGAGGUAGUAGAGCUGGCACUGAAGCAUCCAAACCUGGUGGUGCUGCAGCUGGAUGUCACAGAUCCAAACAGCAUAAAGGCAGCUGCACAGAGAGUGGAGGAGCAUGUGCAAGGACAUGGACUGAAUCUCCUGAUAAACAACGCUGGCAUCACACGGAUGACCACCAUGGAGAAUGAGAACGUUGACACCAUGGCAAUUGUAUACCUAACUAACACAGUUGGGCCCCUGCUGGUGAGCCAGGAGUUCCUGCCGUUGCUGAAGAAGGCUGCCCAGCAGAGUACCCAGACAGGGCUGAGCUGCAGGAAGGCCGCCAUUGUCAACAUGUCCAGCACGGCUGCUUCCAUAGCACUUGUUACAUCAUGGGAACUGCUGCAAGACCCCAGCUACCGCUGCAGCAAGGCUGCUCUGAACAUGCUCACCAAGUGCCAGUCCUUGGAGUACAAAGACUAUGGGAUUCUGUGCACUUCUAUCCACCCUGGCUGGGUGAAAACCGGAAUGGGAACAGAAAAGGCCCCACAGACCGUGGAAGAAACCACUCAAGCAAUCCUGAAGAUGCUUUCCAUGCUCUCUGAGAAGGAGAAUGGUUCCUUCGUGGGCUGGGAUGGACAAAUCUAUCCCUGGUGAGAGAUGAGCUUGCCAGGUGUGAUUAGAUCAUAGAGGUGCCGGCAGUGUUACCUGUACAUGACACACCAAUAAACAACCUGAGCUGAAUUACAACCU